AAACAUCAGUGUCACCAUAUGCAGAAAACAGAUGGCAGCAGUAAAAAGUCCUUCAAUUUUACCUUUUGAAACUUGAGAAAACUGCAUAAAAUGAUGAUGAAUUUGGUUGGUUGAACGGCAGACAUGGAGAUCACAUUGCCAAAAGCUGCAGCAUCCUGGGAAGAAGGUAUCACGGGAGACAAACUGAAAGUGUGCUCUGGAAAAUGGAGAGAGAGAGAGAGAGACCCACAGACAGGAGAAAUGCACUCUGCUGCUUUGUGUCUUCCAGUCCACCGAGGGUUAACAAAAUGAAGAGCUCUUGUGCAGGCAGAGGGUGUUCUUGGCACUGAAAGGUGGAUCUCUUACUGGAUGUUAGGAAACGGUUGCUUGUUCUGUCCACCAACAGCUUGUGGUCUGGGCUUUUUCAUGUGUGGAUCUAGUGUCUGGCUCCAUACAGAAAACUCUCUAUCCUCCACAAACCUCCUUUUUUCUUCUGGAUGGGGAUCCUCUCCUCUUCUCACAUGGCUGGGAUUUGACUGGGGCAGGUGGGGAAGCUGCCGUGAGGAGUUUCCCUCUAGACGCUUUUUUGACAGGACUUCCCCAGGUUGUCUGGAUGAAUGAGUGCCUUUCAGAGCCACACCAGCGCCUCACCAGUCUCCACGCCACUCCAGAGUGCACACAGCUGAGAGCUUUUCAGCAGAGCCCCGGGGGAGCCCUGCAUCCACUAAGCCAAGAGGCAAGAAAGGACUGCUGGAAGCAAAGCAAAGCAAGGCAGAGGCAGAAGCCGGCUGCUGCCAGCUCAGCUUUGGUCCCUGAUGCUAGCUGAACCGGCUGCUGUUCUGUUGGAGCCGAGCACGAGGGAGAGAGUUACUCCUUGGAGUUGAGGACUUGGGAGGAAACUCAAGAGCAACUUGCAGCUGGUUCCCUUUGUGGCCUGGAGGCGCUUCCUUGUUAAAUGAAACCACCUGAGGAACAUGAGAUUUCUCACUGGAGGGGGAGGGAGGGUGCCAAGCAGGGGAAGGAGGGAGAAAGGCGGAUUUUAAUUCUUCAGUGUGGUUUGCACUGAGGUCAAGGGCUGGGUGGGGGUGUCGGGCAAGGAGAGAGUGUUGCAGUAAAUGAGGGCGGGAGGAGCAGUGAUACGGGACCUGAUGACCGCUGCCAAUAUGACAGAGACCCUCCAGCUUCCAGCACUGCAAGUCCCAGAACAGCAGGUGGCAGAGUCCAGCCACGCUUGGUCCAGUUCGUCCACUCCAACCCUGCGCCGAAGGCGGUUCAGGAUGAGGCGCAUGAGGAACGUCCAGGAGCAGAGCUUAGAGACUGCGCCACCCCCCAACAAGGAGUUCCUGCAGCUUCCCUCCAUUGAGAUCACUCCCUCCAGUGAUGAGGACACCCCCUGGUCAAACUGCUCCACACCCAGCGCCUCUCCGCGGCGGAAGCGCUUCCUGCUUCGCAAGUGGCUGAAUGUGAAGGAGAAGAAGGAAUGCAGUGAGAGCAGCAGCCAACAGAGCAGCCAACAGAGCAGCCAUGAUGAUGAUGUCUCCCGAUUCCUGAGCCCCCGGAUGCGUGAUGACAGCACUGCCAGUAACUCGAACCGCAGCACUCCUGCUUGCUCCCCUAUCCUGCGCAAACGCUCUCGGUCUCCAACGCCACAGGACCCUCAAGGAGACGCCAUGGUGGAGAAAGGCUCAGACCAUUCUUCAGACAAAUCCCCGUCCACUCCAGAGCAAGGUGUGCAGCGUAGCUGUUCCUCCCAGUCAGGUCGUAGUGGGGCCAAGAACUCCAAGAAAAGCCAGAGUUGGUACAAUCAUGAAAGACAACACAUCCGGAGAGUGCUGAGUCCAACCUACAAGCAGCGGAAUGAAGACUUCCGGAAACUCUUCAAACAGCUUCCCGACACAGAGCGCCUCAUAGUCGAUUACUCUUGUGCACUUCAAAGAGACAUUCUCCUGCAGGGUCGACUCUACCUCUCUGAAAACUGGAUAUGCUUCUACAGCAACAUUUUCCGCUGGGAAACUUUGUUGACAGUCCGUUUGAAGGACAUCUGCUCCAUGACCAAGGAAAAAACCGCACGGCUCAUUCCUAAUGCUAUCCAAGUUUGCACUGACACUGAAAAGCACUUUUUCACUUCCUUUGGCGCCCGAGACAGGACGUAUAUGAUGAUGUUCAGGCUCUGGCAGAAUGCCCUCCUUGAAAAGCCCCUGUGUCCGAAGGAGCUCUGGCACUUUGUGCAUCAAUGUUAUGGUAACGAACUAGGGCUGACGAGUGAUGAUGAAGACUACGUGCCCCCUGACGAUGAUUUCAACACAAUGGGAUACUGCGAAGAGAUCCCAGUGGAAGAAAAUGAGGUGAAUGACAGCUCCUCAAAAAGCAGCAUGGAGGUCAAACCGGAGGCAAGCCCUCAGCUCCCCAAGAAAUCUGUCACCAAUAGUAGCACAUUGACACCCACAGGAAGUAAUGAAGCUCCAGUCCUGUAUGAAGGGGUAGUUCCUGAGGAAGAGGAGAUUGUAGACACCCUCGCAGAGAAGGAAUUGACGAUCGCUAAUCUCAUCGGAGACAAGAUAGAGAUAAUUGCUCCUGUGAAUUCCCCGUCCCUGGAUUUCAAUGACAAUGAGGAUAUUCCAACUGAACUCAGUGAUUCCUCGGAAACCCAUGAUGAAGGGGAAGUCCAGGCCUUUUACGAGGACCUAAAUGGACGGCAGUAUAUGAAUGAGGUCUUCAACUUUAGUGUGGACAAGCUGUACGAUUUGCUCUUUACAGACUCCCAGUUCCUGAAGGACUUUAUGGAGCAACGGCGGUUCUCUGAUGUUGUAUUUCAUCCCUGGAAGAAGGAAGAAACUGGCAAUCAGAGCAGAGUUAUCCUCUACACCAUCACCCUCACCAACCCUCUGGCCCCCAAAACUGCCACUGUCACUGAGACUCAGACAAUGUACAAAGCAAGCCAAGAGAGCGAGUGCUAUGUGAUAGACGCAGAGGUGCUAACUCACGAUGUCCCCUAUCAUGAUUAUUUCUACACAAUUAAUCGUUACACGUUGACGCGUGUUGCCAGAAACAAAUGCCGACUCAGGGUUUCUACGGAACUACGAUACAGGAAACAGCCAUGGGGGCUGGUGAAAUCCUUCAUUGAGAAGAACUUCUGGGGUGGCCUAGAUGAUUAUUUUCGUCAUUUAGAGAGUGAACUGACCAAAACGGAGAGCAUAUACCUAGCUGAGCUACACAGACAAUCCCCCAAAGAGAAGGCAAGCAAACAAUCCACGGUGCGCCGGAGAAAACGACCCCACACUCACUUGAGGGGGCCACACCUGGAGGAAGUGCUGAGUCCUGUGACCACCCCCACAGAUGAGGAGGCUGUCAGUCGAAUCAAGCGUGUGGCAGGUUCCACUCAAACACGACACAUCCCUGAAGAGAGUUCCAGUGGCUUCCACCUUCAGAGUGUCUCCAAGUUGCUGCUCAUUAUCAGUUGUGUUCUGGUGCUUUUGGUAAUCCUCAACAUGAUGCUGUUCUACAAACUCUGGAUGUUGGAAUACACCACCCAAACCCUCACGGCAUGGCAGGGCCUGCGGUUACAGGAAAGGCUACCCCAGUCCCAGACAGAGUGGGCCCAGUUAUUGGAGUCCCAGCAGAAAUAUCAUGACACAGAGCUCCAGAAGUGGCGGGAGAUCAUCAAAUCAUCUGUGAUGCUCCUCGACCAGAUGAAGGACUCAUUAAUCAACCUUCAGAACGGUAUCGGGUCUCGUGACUAUCGGUCAGAGCCGGAUGAGAAACGAAAGCGGUUCCACUAGCAGGCAGGAACACAAGUGGCCAGAGGAUUGUGUGCAAUAUGUGUACAUAGAAUAUAUAAAUAUAUAUAUAUACAGAAUAUAAAUAUAUAUAUAUAUUAUAUACAGAUUUUAAACGAGAGAGAAAAAGCCUAUGUACUGCAAAGAAAGAGCGGUGCCGACUGACCUCCAGCACUGGAUGAAAUGGAGUGUCACUGGGGGUGGGUCCGGAUGCGGCAGGGUUGUGAUCUCCCAGCACUGAGGCAUUGUGGGAAAGCACAGCCUUGGCCCUCCUGGGCCCACACACCUCUCUUGGUAGUUUUCCUGGCUAUCUGUGUGUCUGUCCGUCUUGUCUCUUUUCUCCCCCUCCCCCAUGCUGAGGUGAAGGUGAGCAGACAUUUAAAGAGGAGGCUGUGAACUUGGAUAUUGGGGGUGGUUGCUGAGGGUGAUGGGAUAAUCUCUCGCUAUUGACAUCCCUUCCUCUGUGGGAAUGUGGUUGGCAGGUUCUCCAGGAGUGGCUCAAACAAAGACUCCCCGAUUUAGCCUGGGAUUGUGGUGUAUGGCAAAGGGGCAGCUAACCCCUUCUCUCUCCCCAUUUUUGUGCUGAAAAUCCUGCUGUCUGAAGCAAUUGGCCUUCAAAGUGGCCAAUUUUGCAGCCAUUUGCUGCAAAUGUCUGCUUUUGUGGGGUGACUUUUGACACAAAAAUGGAAUAGGGGAGUGUUGUGCCCACACACUCCACAGUCCUGAGCUGAAUUGCAGGGCCCACACCGUGUUUCCUGGUUAAACUCCUCCUCUUCAUAGAUGGGUUGAGCAUCACAGGUAGUUUGGGCCCAAGUUAACUGUCAACCAGUGUUGGUUUCACAGCAUCCUUUUUCAGGGCGGUUCUUGGAUCCCUUAUCUGGCUUGGUGCAUGCUUCUCCCAGCCGCUUUGUGACUUCAGCUGAGUGUCCCGAUGAGGGAUGGAUUUGUAUGAAGAGACAGAGAAAGGAUUGCUUGUGGAACACCCCCAUGUUGAGUACAGUCCUUGGUGUUAACUCUUUGAGUGGGAGGAGUUAUGCAAACGUCUUUCUCUCCUUGUUUUUGCAUGAUGGCAGCAUCUUCUGUUGGUGUCAGAUUUGUUGUGUGUUUGCAUCUUCAUCCCCCACAUAUCUUAGGGAAUUGCUGCUUCACUGAAAGGGCUAAACGCACACAUGCGUAUCCUUACUAGAGGAGGAGAGUAAGUCCAAACCUGGCUCACAUUCACAAAUUCCAAAUCUUCCUCUGCCAAAAACAAGUAAGUUGUAGCUGGGACCAAGACUCGGAGCUUAUGAAGGGGUUUUAAGGACCUGCUCCAGCUACUGUACUUCCACACACAGUUCGCAAGGUCCUUGUGCAUGGAUUUAUCCGCAUCUUGCACACCCUGACGACCAAGAGAAAUGUGUAAAGGAAAACAGUAGCUUAUUAAACAGGGCAUUUUCUACUGCCUAAGCAGAUAAAUCCUUCUGCAUUCAGAACCCAAUUGCCUUCCAACUUGCUCCUGGAAAGGCUAGAGGGAGCAAGAACAGCGUUGGGGUAGCAUCCAGAGGGGCAGAGUUAUAUUGGGGAGACAGGUAGUUCUCUAAUGAGGCCUAUUUUAACAUGCAGUGGCCACUUAAAGCCCUUUUAUGCAUUUGGAUAACUAAACUGAGCACUGCUGACCUGGGGCAAAAGCCUGAUGGUUCAGGGAACAGGGAAUGGCAUUUGGUGGCCAGUGAGAUGUGAUAACUCAUGCAAAAGGUCUGAGAUACGCUUUGAAAGAACUGGAAUUGACAAAAGUCAAAUGACUGCUAUAUUUAUUUUAAAGGUUUUUUUAAAAAUGGUGAUUAUAUAUGUUUGGAUUGAAUAAGUUUUAAAUCCUGCACCCAAGGCAGGCAGGCUGCUUUCGUUCUGCAGAAUGCACCAGGCCUGGGAAGGCCACACUUGAGCCAGUGGCGAUUCUCCAGCUGCUGGAGGUGGAGAAGGAAGGUAGGCAUGCAGAUUUCCAGGAGAGCAGCCCUCUUUCAGACUUCCUGGCGAAGGCUCUGACUUGCUCAUGUUGGAAACAAAUUCACUAACAGUUUUCCAUCAUGGCCGGAUCGUAUUGUAUUUUAAGUGGAGAAACUGAGUCGGAGGGAAUUAAUGUGGUGCAUGCCAAUGCUGCUAAACAUGUUUCUGAAUCAAGGCUAUUUGUGGUGGGGCUCUGCAGCUGCCUCCGCAUCCAACAGUAUCAGUUCAAGUGGUGAGGAGGGCAGGGAUCUUUUUGUCCCAGGCAUUGAGAAAUGCCACCCUGUCCUUGGACUAGCACUGCAGCUGUGGGCUGUAGAGCUGAGGUGAACAGCUGUGCAGUGCACGAAGCCCGGAAACGAGGAGCAUCCUUUUCCCAAGACCAAGGGCAGUAUCCGAGUCGAUGUCUGUCUUUUUGAGAGUGUGUUGAAGAGUUGGCAUGUUCGGGCAGUUCUCUGGGUUUGGCCCCGUACACAACAGAUGCUUCAAGAGUAGGCAAAGAGGAAACUCCUCCAUAUUCAGUAACAAGGCUGCUACUUCACAUCCCAGCAGAGGACAUGGGAAGGCAUUUAGGAAAGCUUGCCUCUAGAAGCUUGGGUUAGCUGGCAGAAUAGGGCCAUGCUUGGGUAGAGUUGGAGACGCUAAUGGAUGCAUUUAUCAUACUGUGAACACCCAGGUGGGCGAGGAUGGUUGGAAGCGGAAUAAGAUAGUUUAGGCAGAAGGCAAGAUGGCUGACAAUGCAUCUGGGAGCCUUUGGAGGGGGAGAGAGUUACUUAUGUAAUUUAUUGUAUUUAUAGAGAAGUAUAUAUACUUAUGUAAUGCUGCUGAUUCAUUGGCAAUCUUUAGGGAGCCUCUCUUUGCUGCUUGCGUCAGCUCCGUAGAAGACCGAAUAGCCUUGUGGGGAGAAAAGGCAGCUCCCUGACUCAGCAGGCCCCGAAGGUUUCAUGCACGCACAGGCCUUUCUUCCUCACAAGGGCUCUUCAUUCAAAGUGCACAUUAAGAUCCUGGCAGGAGACUGGGAAAGGGGUGUGGAGGAAGAAGGGAAGAAAGGCGGUUCCCUUCCAGGGCACCAGCAGAUUUUUUUUUAAAUUAAUAUGUCCUUACUAGUGAGAAUCUUUUGCAUUGGUUUGCAGGACAAACUGAAUGUAGAAAAAAGCCACACCAUAAACCCUCCCAACACACACACACACACGCAUGCACAAUGUGCCUGGUUGCUGGAGGGCUUCUGCUCAAAGAGCUGUUCUUCCCCAAACUGAGCACUAACCAAAAUGGCUACCCCUAUUGGUGGUCUCCUCCAGUGUUCCCUCUAACAGGGAUUCCCAGAUGUUGUUGACUACAACUCCCACAAUCCCCAAGCAAAGGCUGCUGCAGCUGGGGGUGCUGGGAGUUGUAGUCAGCAACAUCUGGGACUCCCUGUUAGAGGGAAAACUGGUCUUCCCUCCCACAAAUGCUGAACUAGACCUCUUUGCCCCUUAAAAUGGGGUUGGGUAUACACUGCGGGAGAGAAUUGCUUUCUCCUUGCUUUCAGGUGCUUCCAUAUUUAUCCCAUAGAAUUCUCCCAUAGCAUUUGAUGAUUGCAGCGGACAGUUGUCCUCCUUCAGAGCCCUCUGUGUGCAGGCCACCCCUUCAUUGUAGAGUGGGCAGAUUCACAUGCACAGAAGAAGAAGACUUUUUUUCUGUCUUUUCUUCGUGCUUGCAGUGAGUGGGGCUUCCAUAAGCAUCAGAGAAACUUCUGGCUUGGAAGACCUGUGAGUGUGAUCCCGGGAGAGACCCCUUGAUUUCAGUGAGCCUUCGGCACACCUAACUCCCAACCCUGCCCCAUUGGAUUGUGGCUAAAGGAUACAAUCUAGUGAGAAGCAAGCAUACCUUCAAUGAAUUUUAACUGCGUUCUUGUGUGUAUUCCUUUUUCUCUGGAUCACAUCCAAUCUGACUACGGAUGCCAUUAGGUAAGAUAUGCUGCUGCUUUCUCUUCAGUCUUAGGGAUGCAGCGUUUCGGUAAACAUCUUGCAGGUUUUAGCUUGUGCUUGUCAGGAGAAGGGUGUAAUGAGCAUGCAAGUUUCUUUGAGUUGGCAUGCUUGUUCCUCUCCUAUCACAAAGCUAUUUAAAUGGACUCAUCUUUAAUUGCACUGUAAUAUUUGCAACUAGAAGCUGUAUUUCCAUAGCCCAGUAUUUAAAAAUCAAAUCAGAGAGAGUUCAGAAAAUCAGUGAAUGUAGCCAGCAGUUACAUUUGGGCCCCAGAUCAAUUCCUCCUUUCAUUUCUAAUGUCCAUUGCCAGCUUCUGAGUUUUAUGAAGUAGACUCUGGCAUAAAGGUACUAGAGAAUUGUUACGAAUUGCUAGCAACCUUGUUCUGUUUUUACCAGAACAUCCUAUCUGUAAAAUGAUCAGGGCGUUGACUUUUCGGUUCCAUAAGAGGGAACUGGUUCUCAAACUUUGCUCCCUGGUCUCCACACCCUCGCUCUUUAAUUUCUUCCCUCGUUCCUGCCUAAUGCUUGCUGGAAGCACAGGUGAAUCUUUUUGUGCCAUAACACCCAUCCUUCUCCCUUUUUAGAUGUGCAAAUCAGCCAAAUUGGAGUGGUGACUCUCCUCCUGUCUUGCUGAGCUGCAGCCACACCCCUUCCUUAUCCCGGCAGAGGGAGUUGUUUCAUCAUUAGCAGCUUGUGCUAGAACAUGCUCUCCCUUUCCCCAGAAAAAGUAUAACCUGGUAGCAUCUCACCUCUCUAUGCAUCCUCCUCCUCCUCUGCCUAGGUGUGGUACAAUCAUUUGCUCCUUGGACUCCCAAGGUUUUGGCACCCAACUUGGGCUGAGCCGGUGCUACUUCCUGCUUCAACUUUCCUUCUGGUGGUGAUGAAGAGAAACUCCCUUCCUAUGAAGGAAUUGUGUUUGCACAUGGCUCAGAGUACCUUCUCUCUGGCCAUUUUUUUAAAAACUUACCUCACUUAUUUUGGUCCAUUUGUUGCUAAGGUUUGAAGGACUGGCUUCCCAACCUGAGCUUGCAUUAGAUUUUUAUUUUAUUUUUUGGCGAGUGGUGGUGGUGGGGAUGGUGCUGGUGGUGGCAGAACAUAGCUCAGGACUGCAGGCUGCUUGGGUGAUUUCUCUCUUGUCCACACUCCCCCAGCAGCGCCAGGGUCCUGGAGGAGGACUUCUGUGGCUGCUUCCUCCUCUAGCAAUGUAGGUGGAGACAAGUGGCCACUUGUGUGCUGCUGAUGACUUUGAAGGCCUCCCUCUCUCCCAAGCAUGGACAUCUGGCCUAGACUCUGACAACAGUCAGAUGAGCAAGCUUCUCCAGCUACAUUUCAAUAUCCUGAAUGAAGGGUGAGUGCAGGAGAGAUAAAGGGAACAGACUGGAGGCCAAGCAGGCACCCCUUUCUAUACCUCCCAAUUAUUUCUUAGAGCUGGAAGGAUCUGGGUUGGUUAAAACAAAAAAAAAAUGGAGCUGGGCCACAUGCAGAAGAAACCCUGGUUGUGUCUGUACGAGUUGUCUGGCUGUCUGUGUGUCUGAUUCUGUAACUAUAAUAAACUUUGCGCUGUGCGCAAAGUCCAAUACAAAUUGAUUAAAAGGAAAAACUUGACGGCUAGAACCUAGGAGUUAUAAAGGCUACGUAGCCAAAAUCUUAAUGUAAAGUAGCUAGAAAAAAUGGAAUAAAAGUAUGAAUAAAAUAUAAUGAACAAAUAA